UCGGAGCCGCCAGCAGUACUGUAUGUGGCUCUUUCCUCCGAGGCCCGGAGGCUGAGCUGUGACUGCCUUCCCCAGCGCACAGCCCCACCAGCGGGGAAACUUUGCCAUUCCGGAGACUCAGACCUGACAGACCAACUGACGAACGGACUAACCAACCUCCCCACCUUCCUCCUUCAAUCUCAAUCCCACUCCACCUCCCUCGCUGCCUUCCCCUCCCAUCGACCCGGAUCGCGUUGCGUCUGACUGAUGGGGCAGCGGGCCAGUCGGAGGAGGGGAGUCUGACCGACCGGGUUCUGGAGGCUUGAAAUGUAUCAAAGUACUGAAGAUCACACACCAACUGGUAGAACCUGUCUGUCUACUUUUUUGAAUCUUGAAUCUUUGAUUUGGAAGAGGGACUUCAUCACCAACUUCUGCUUGAAGUCGUCCAUUGAAAGGGAGCUCCAUACCCUCUUUUUCUUGGACCUUGCUACAAGCUUACGGAUCUUUCACACUGUGUACUGAAUCAGUUGCUGAUAUGUGUUCAAGAUGAGUGGGAUGGGAGAAAACACCUCUGACCCAUCUAGGGCAGAGACAAGAAAGCGCAAAGAAUGUCCUGAUCAGCUUGGACCCAGCCCUAAAAGGAACACAGAGAAACGCAAUCGUGAGCAGGAAAAUAAGUACAUCGAAGAGCUUGCUGAGCUGAUUUUUGCUAACUUCAAUGAUAUUGACAAUUUUAACUUUAAACCUGACAAAUGUGCAAUCUUAAAAGAAACUGUGAAGCAAAUUCGUCAGAUUAAAGAACAAGAAAAAGCAGCAGCUGCCAAUGUAGAUGAAGUACAGAAGUCAGAUGUCUCAUCUACAGGUCAAAGUGUUAUUGACAAGGAUGCACUUGGACCAAUGAUGCUUGAGGCCCUUGAUGGCUUCUUCUUUGUAGUGAACCUGGAAGGUAAUGUUGUAUUUGUUUCUGAAAAUGUGACACAAUACCUAAGGUAUAACCAAGAAGAGCUGAUGAACACAAGUGUAUACAGCAUCCUGCAUGUAGGGGACCACGCAGAGUUUGUAAAAAACCUGCUACCAAAGUCUUUAGUUAAUGGGGGACCUUGGUCUAAUGAAGCUCCCAGACGGAACAGCCAUACUUUCAAUUGUCGGAUGCUAGUAAAACCUCUAACUGAUUCUGAAGAAGAAAGUCAUGAUAGCCAAGAAGCACAUCAGAAAUAUGAAACUAUGCAGUGCUUCGCUGUUUCUCAACCAAAGUCCAUCAAGGAAGAAGGGGAAGAUUUGCACUCCUGCUUGAUUUGUGUGGCAAGAAGAGUUCCUAUGAAGGAAAGGCCAGUUCUUCCCUCAUCGGAAAGCUUUACUACUCGCCAAGAUCUCCAAGGCAAGAUCACUUCACUGGAUACUAGCACCAUGCGUGCAGCCAUGAAACCAGGCUGGGAGGAUUUGGUAAGAAGAUGUAUUCAGAAAUUCCAUGCCCAGCAUGAAGGGGAAUCUGUAUCAUAUGCCAAGAGGCAUCAUCAUGAAGUGCUGAGACAAGGACUGGCAUUCAGUCAGAUCUACCGUUUUUCCUUGUCUGAUGGCACUCUCGUUGCUGCCCAAACGAAGAGCAAGCUCAUUCGUUCCCAGACUACUAAUGAACCUCAGCUUGUAAUAUCCUUGCAUAUGCUUCACAGAGAACAGAACGUGUGUGUAAUGAAUCAGGAUCUGACUGGACAAGCUAUGGGGAAGCCAUUGAACCCAAUUAGCUCUAGCAGCCCUGCCCAUCAGGCCAUGUGCAGUGGAAACCCAGGUCAGGACAUGACCAUCAGUAGCAAUAUAAAUUUUGCCAUAAAUGGCCCAAAGGAACAAAUGGGCAUGCCGGUGGGCAGGUUUGGUGGUUCAGGGGGAAUGAACCAUGUGUCAAGCAUGCAGGCAUCGACUCCUCAGGGUAGUAACUAUGCACUCAAAAUGAAUAGUCCCUCACAAAGCAGCCCUGGCAUGAAUCCAGGACAGCCAAACUCUAUGCUUUCACCAAGGCAUCGUAUGAGCCCUGGAGUGGCAGGAAGUCCUCGAAUCCCACCCAGUCAGUUUUCCCCAGCAGGAAGCUUACAUUCACCUGUGGGCGUUUGCAGCAGCACAGGAAAUAGCCAUAGUUAUACCAACAGUUCCCUAAAUGCACUACAAGCCCUCAGCGAAGGGCAUGGAGUCUCUUUAGGGUCAUCGUUGGCUUCACCUGACCUAAAAAUGGGUAAUUUGCAAAAUUCCCCUGUGAAUAUGAAUCCUCCCCCACUAAGUAAGAUGGGAAGCCUGGACUCUAAAGAUUGCUUUGGACUUUAUGGGGAGCCAUCUGAAGGUACAACUGGACAAGCGGAGAGCAGCUGCCAUUCUGGAGAACAGAAAGAAAAUAGUGAUACCAACAUACCCCAGGUUGUCAGUGGCGAAAGAUCUGAUGGACAGAACAGACUCCAUGACAGCAAAGGACAGACAAAGCUCUUGCAGCUCUUGACCACCAAAUCGGAUCAGAUGGAGCCUUCACCUUUGUCGGGCUCCAUAGGAGAAAGUCAUAAGGACUCCACAGGUGGCUUGGCUGGUUCUGUUUCAACACAUGGAACCUCACUCAAGGAGAAGCAUAAAAUUUUGCACAGACUUUUGCAGGACAGCAGUUCUCCUGUGGACUUAGCAAAGCUUACAGCAGAAGCCACAGGUAAAGAGCUGAACCAGGAGUCCAGCAGCACAGGUCCUGGUUCAGAGGUGACUAUCAAACAGGAACCAGUGAGCCCCAAGAAGAAAGAGAAUGCACUACUUCGCUAUUUGCUAGACAAAGAUGAUACUAAAGAUAUUGGUUUACCAGAAAUAACCCCCAAACUCGAACGACUGGACAGUAAAACAGAUCCUGCCAGUAGCACAAAAUUGAUAGCUAUGAAAACAGAGAAGGAAGAGAUGACUUUUGAGCCCAAUGAACAGCCUGGCAGUGAGCUGGACAACUUGGAAGAGAUUUUGGAUGAUUUGCAGAACAGUCAAUUACCACAGCUUUUCCCAGACACACGGCCAGGUGCCCCGGCUGGAUCAGUCGACAAGCAAGCCAUCAUCAAUGACCUCAUGCAACUCACAGCUGAAAACAGCCCUGUUGCACCUGUUGGAGCCCAGAAACCAGCAUUGCGGAUUUCACAAAGCACUUUUAAUAACCCACGACCAGGACAACUGGGCAGGUUAUUGCCAAACCAGAAUUUACCACUUGACAUCACAUUGCAAAGCCCAACGAGUGCUGGACCUUUCCCACCAAUAAGAAACAGUAGUCCAUAUUCAGUGAUACCUCAACCAGGAAUGAUGGGUAAUCAAGGGAUGAUAGGAAACCAAGGAAAUUUAGGGAACAAUAAUACAGGAAUGAUUGGUGGAAAUACUUCCCGACCUGCAAUACCAUCAGGAGAAUGGGGAUCCCCGGGCUCUGCAGUGAGGGUCACCUGUCCUGCCACAACCAGUGCCAUGAAUAGGCCAAUCCAAGGAGGUAUGAUUCGUAACCCAACUGCCAGCAUUCCUAUGAGACCUAGCAGCCAGCCUGGCCAAAGACAGAUGCUUCAGUCUCAGGUCAUGAAUAUGGGGCCAUCCGAAUUAGAGAUGAAUAUGGGAGGACCCCAGUAUAGCCAACAACAAGCUCCCCCAAACCAAACUGCCCCAUGGCCUGAGAGCAUCUUGCCUAUAGAACAGGCAUCUUUUGCUGGUCAGAACAGGCAACCAUUUGGUACUUCUCCAGAUGAUUUGCUGUGUCCACAUCCUGCUUCAGAAUCACCAAGUGAUGAGGGAACUCUCCUGGAUCAACUCUAUUUGGCAUUACGGAAUUUUGAUGGCCUUGAAGAAAUCGACCGAGCCUUGGGAAUACCUGAACUAGUUAGCCAGAGCCAAGCUGUAGAUCCAGAGCCAUUCUCAAGUCAAGAAUCCAGCCUCAUCAUUGAGCAGAAACCCCCAGUUUUUCCUCAACAGUAUGCAUCUCAGGCUCAAAUGGCGCCGGGUAGCUAUACACCCAUGCAAGAUCCCAACUUUCACACACUUGGACAGCGACCAAGUUAUGCCACACUACGUAUGCAACCUAGACCGGGCCUUAGGCCAACUGGCAUAGUACAAAACCAGCCCAAUCAGCUGAGACUUCAACUCCAACAUAGGCUCCAAGCACAGCAGAAUCGCCAGCCACUUAUGAAUCAAAUCAACAAUGUCUCCAAUAUGAACCUGACCCUGAGGCCUGGAGUACCAACACAGGGACCUAUUAAUGCACAGAUGCUGGCCCAAAGACAGAGAGAGAUCCUGAAUCAACACCUACGGCAAAGACAAAUGCAUCAGCAGCAGCAAGUUCAGCAACGAACUCUGAUGAUGCGAGGACAAGGGUUGAAUAUGACACCAAGUAUGGUAGCCUCUGGUGGCAUACCAGCAACCAUGAGCAACCCCAGGAUUCCCCAGGCAAAUGCCCAGCAGUUUCCAUUUCCUCCAAACUACGGAAUAAGUCAGCAGCCUGACCCAGGCUUCACUGGGGCAACAACUCCCCAGAGUCCCUUGAUGUCACCUAGAAUGGCACAUACCCAGAGUCCCAUGAUCCAGCAGUCUCAGGCCAACCCUGCCUAUCAGUCCUCUUCAGAGAUGAAUGGGUGGGCACAGGGAAAUAUGGGUGGAAACAGCAUGUUUUCACAACAGUCCCCACCACACUUUGGACAACAAGCAAACACCAGCAUGUACAAUAACAAUAUGAACAUCAGUGUCUCCAUGGCGACCAAUACAAGUGGUAUGAACAACAUGAAUCAGAUGACAGGACAGAUCAGCAUGACCUCAGUGACCUCUGUGCCUACGUCAGGGUUGUCCUCCAUGGGUCCUGAGCAGGUUAAUGACCCUGCUAUGAGGGGAGGCAAUCUUUUUCCAAACCAGCUGCCUGGGAUGGAUAUGAUUAAGCAGGAGGGAGAUGCAUCACGGAAAUAUUGCUGACCCUGAAGGCUGCUGGUGGCUCUUUCUUUCUUCAGCUACCUGGGCUCUUACCAGUUGGGAGAGUUGGCUGCCUUUGUUUUGACCCAGCUGACCUGCAAGCCGGUUUUGCUGGAGCGAGCUGAGCUUCAUCAUAACUACAGACGGGACUCGGCUGAUUCCCAAAGUGGAGUCAAAACGGCUGUUGCAGGAGGAGCAGCCUCUUCUUUGACAGUCUGAAGCUCGCGUACAGACAUUGCUCAGUCUGUUCACUGCAUUCACCUUAGUGCAACUUAGAUCUCUCCUGCGAAGUAAAUGUUGACAGGCAAUUUUCAUAACCAUGUCAGAUUGAAUGUAUUUAAAUGUAUGUAUUUAAGGAAAACAACCAUGCUCUUGUUCUGUUCCUGUUUGGUUCUAGACACUGGUUUCUCACUUGAUUUUCCCUGGCUAAUCAGUCUGGUGCAAAGGAUUGUGGUUUCGUUUGAAAAACCACGUUUGAGGCUGAAGUCUGCAGUUUGGGAAGGCAGCAGGGCAGUCACUGGGGAUGGCACCGUGUGCACAGAGAUGCCUGUUAAGUUGAUCAAUUACAAAAGGUCUGAGAAGAUAGCUGGGCCUUCUCAAAGGCACUGGGGCUCCUUCCAGAAUGGGUUUCCAUUCACCCAACAGGCAGCAAAGAGCCUAUGGGCAGGCUCUUCAUAUUUAGAAGUACUUUCCUUUUUUUCUAUGAUAGAAAACCAGCCAUCUCACAGAAAUCAUGAAGCCAGAAGAAAUGUCUUUGGUUUUCUCUUCUACUCCCCACCUGACCCCACCCAGUUAAAUUAUCUGUAGACUUGCUUUAGAGAUCUUUUAAAUCCACUUCAAUUAAUAUGCAUUACUCCUGGCUUUGAGAUCUUCUUUACCCCAGAAGGCCCGGCUCCCAACCCCCACUGUAAGGAAGAAACCCGGUCAGCCCUUACAUGUCAUUAGGUGUUGGAAUAGGUGCCAGCAGCCUACCAUGGGCCCACCCGUUGCUGAAUCCUGAAUUUCAGGCACUCUCUGUGAAGUAUAUUCAUUCCUGUUCUCAAACUCCCCUGGCCUACAGUAUUG